UACAACACUUAUGGUGUGACUUGCACUGAGGUUGAGGUUGACGUACUGACAGGAGAAAGACAAAUCUUGCGCACUGAUAUACUGAAUGACUGCGGAGAAAGGUAACAUUAAAAAAGACUUUCAAUUGCACUUCUCCAUAUUGUGGUGGACAGAUGCCUUUGAAUCACAAGGAUGUUCUUUGCGAGUCGAAAUUGUUUCCCGCAUUUAAAGUCAAAACUGGUCAAUUAAUGAGUCAGUGUUUGGGCCUAGAAAUAAAUGUUUGCUAAAUGGUCGUUAGUUUUGUAGAACGUUUUCAGUCAACAAAAAGGUUCUCACGGAACACCAACAUUGCCGCCAUUUCAUUGUUUUGGGACACUAACAUGGCGGAAGUGACGCCAUGUGAAAACACUAUGUUGAUGCAAAUACGUGGAACCUCUAUCAAAAGUGGUUGGUGUUAAACACGGCCUCUUUAAACUAAAAUGAUGUAAUGCUGUAAUGGUAUCCACAGCAAGAACCCUGUUCUGGACAUUGGUCAGGUGGAAGGUGCCUUCAUGAUGGGAGUUGGUCAGUGGCUGACAGAGAAAUUCAUCUACGAUCCUCAGACAGGGAGAAACUUAAGUAAUGGAACUUGGGUAAGUGUUUGCAAUAGAUGAAGCUCUGACUCGCUUCUUAAGCCUGUGGUGAUUCUUGUUGAACGUUUGUGUAAAAUUAACUUUUUAGACGACAUGGCAAAGGCACCAAAUAUCUUUAAAACUAUCGCAGUUGCUUUUUGUUGGUUGUGCCAAGAUCAAAGAGUUCAGUGGUGGCACAAGAGUUCAGUGCGACACAAGCAAAUAUCAGGGGUACGCUAUUACAUUAGGGCAAUCAAUCUAGGUGGGUUAUGAUAUCAUAUCUUUCAACCAAGUUGCACAGUGUAUCUCCAGUUAUUUGGACAACAGACCCCAAUCAACAGUGUUAAUAGUCGAUGAAGUUGAUGGAUAGAUUGGCCGGAAUAGAUUGACAGUGGAAAUACAAAGUACGAGGUUAAGGAAUGGCAAUCCAGUCUGAAAUUCAUGGUUUGCGAAACACGUUGAACGGUUUUUUUUUGCACGCUUCAUUUGAAUCUCAAGUUAUCCGCGCCCCCUCGCUUUCGUCUUCCUAUUGUUAUAGCUUAGCAGUUCAAUCAUCAGAGUAUUAUCCAAGAGGGCCGGUAUGAUUUUCACGCACGAGUUAGAAAAUCAUAAACUUCAUGAAGCCAAAAUAUUAACCAAAUGUCUUUUACUUGUAACUUAAUGCAGGUAUCUGCUAACCUUUAUGUUCCAAACUGCUAACCCAUGUAAGGAAAUCCAGGACAGUCUUGGAUUCCACGCUGUUCAGGAUCCUUGAUUUUCAGUUUUUGCUAGUGGAACUUGGAUUCCGGAUUCCUUGAGCUUUAUUUCGGACUGCAAGGCCCAGGAUUCCACAUUCCACUUGAAAAUUCUCCUGGAUUUGGGAUUCCAGAAUCCAGAUUCCCUUACAGGGAAGAAAAAUGGACUUUGGACUGAUUUUCUUUACUAUAAUAGGACUACAAGCCUCCAUGUUCAAAGGACAUUCCUAUUGACUUCAGAGUAUCACUACUGAAGAAUGCUCCAAAUCCACUUGGCAUCAUCAGAUCCAAGAGUAAGCAAAUCAACUUAUUAACUGCAUGCAAGGAAUGACCCUUGUCAUAAUUAUAAAAAAAUCCCAUUUUUAUUUUGUAAAAUUUCCAGAAUCCUAAAGGUUAAAUGCUGCAAUAUGAUCAAGUAAUUUUUUUAAAAGAUAAAAGUGUUGUAAAAUGUAUUUUACGUCUUACGUUUCAUCAGCUUCAGGGGAACCUGCACAAUGCAUGGCCUGCUCUUGUUUGUUUGCUGUAAAACACGCUGUGGAAGAAGCACGAGCCGAA